AUGGCUGCAAUACCAGCCGCCCGACUAGCCUCCUUCGAGAGACCCUUUACAUACACAGGAGUUGACUACUUUGGUCCCAUACUAGUUAACGUCGGCAGACACAAGGAAAAACGAUGGGGAGUCCUCUUUACAUGCCUGACACUGAGAGCCGUACAUAUAGAAGUGGCCUAUAAACUUGAUGUAAGGUCGUGUAUAAUGUGUCUUCGAAAUUUCAUGACACGUCGCGGGACUCCAAAAGAAAUCUUCUCCGACAACGGAACCAACUUUAAAGCAACUGAGAAGAUGGUGAAAGAAGAACUCAAAAAGAUUGACUUUGACGAAAUCACUAUAAAGUAUGAGGCGAUUAAAUGGCACUUCAACCCACCAGCGGCACCGCAUAUGGGAGGUGCUUGGGAGCGACUCGUCAGAUCAGUUAAGACUGUUUUGAAAUCAAUCUGCCCAACUAGUAACUUCAAUGACGAGACCCUUCGAACAGCCCUUAUGGAAGCAGAAAACGUCAUCAAUUCUAGACCACUAACCUUUGUCUCUUUAGAUUCAGGCGACGACGAAGCGCUCACCCCAAAUCAUUUACUUCUGGGAUCGACGAGCGGCUAUAAGCGCAUGGCAGAUGACAACACCGAUGUAAGGCUGCGUUGGCAACAGACUCAACUAUUCGCGGACAAGUUCUGGAGCCGCUGGGUGAAGGAAUUCACCCCAGACUUGACCAGACGUAGCAAGUGGUUCACCAAACGUCCCCCAAUAGCUAUCGGCGACAUUGUUAUAGUAGUCGACGAUCAACUUCCAAGGAACAUGUGGCCCAAAGGACGCAUCACUGAUGUAGUGACGGCCAAAGACGGCCAAGUUCGACCGAGCUACAAUUUGGACACCAAAAGGAAUCAUGGUCCGCCCAGUGGCCAAGAUUGCUACCCUAGACGUCGGCUUAAAAGAUGGUGA